AUGCAUGAGAUUGUGCGUCAUAUCAGUCAACUGCAAAUGGACGUACAGGAUGGAUUAAUGAAGGAAUUGUAUAUGAUUUUAACGGGUUGUGUUCUGCCGAGUAAGCUGGAUCCACCGAAAAAGCCAGUACUUCCUUCACAAACAUUACAGGUUUCAAAUGUUCCUCUCACAAUAUUAGCGUUGGAUACGCUUGGCGAGUUCGAUUUUCAACGGCACUAUUUGGAGAUGUUCAUGCAGUUCAUUUCCGAUGGAUAUCUCUUGUGUGACUCAGUAGCGGUGCGUUUAGCAGCCGUUAGGUGCUGUGCGGCGAUAUCUAAACCGUUUGUGAAGGUGUAUGAAAAGGUGCAUCGUGAGCAUCGCCAAUGGGUAUUAGCUCUUAUUCAUGGAGUGCUGAGAAGUCUUGUCAAGCGCUGGAAGUUGGAAGUGCGGUUAUGCGUUAUGCAAUGCUUUUGUGAAGCAGACCGCGCUUUUCUGUCUCAUCUAGCACAGCCGGAAAUGCUUCAGCUUCAGUUUAUGAGCUUGCAUGACGAGAAACUGGAGAUGCAGGAGGCUGCUGUUUGUCUUCUUGGUCGUUUAUCUGAGCUUAAUCCUGCUUUGGUGUUGCCGAGAAUGAGACGGGUCUUGCUUGAGACAUUGAGUCAGUUGACAAAUAGCGGUCAAGCCAAGCUUGAACAACACAGUGCUCGCCUGCUCACUCAACUCACACGCCAAAGCCCAAAGUUCAUGCGGCCCUAUCUAGGACCCCUUCUUCAGGCACUCCUUCCGAAGCUGAGAAACGAAAUGAAGCAUGUCGAUGUCACCGUUCAUGUACUUCAUGCCAUUUCGGAGCUGUGUGUAGUUGGUGGAGCCGAGAUUGUUCGAAACAUCGAUCCCAUGUUCCAAAAGCUCACUCAGCUUAUCAAUGAUUCGAGUAGUUUACAACGGAGA